UUUCGUUUCUCUGUUCUCCGCCAUUUCGUAAAGGCGUAAGAAAAGUCGGCCAAGCAAAACAGACUUGAUGGUCUAAUCAAACCUGUGUAACUAGCGUGUUCUGUGUUGUGCAAUGGACGGCCGUCCAGAGACUGAUUUGUAUCCCAUGGGAUCUACUUACGUCACUGAACUAGACAGUGUCCAUGAUAUUACAGUUGGUACAAAGAGAGGAUCAGACGAGCUUUUCUCCUGCGUCUCAAACGGACCCUAUAUAAUGACCAGCGCAGCAGCCAAUGGCAAUGACAGCAAGAAGUUCAAAGGUGACAUAAGGAGCCCGGGCAUCCCGUCGCGUGUCAUCCACAUGCGCAAGCUCCCCAACGACAUCAACGAGGCUGAGGUCAUCUCCCUGGGCCUGUCCUUUGGUAAAGUCACCAACCUGCUCAUGCUCAAAGGAAAGAACCAGGCCUUCAUAGAGAUGAACACGGAGGACGCGGCCCAGGCCAUGGUCAGCUACUACUCCUCGGUGACGCCAGUCAUCCGCAAUCACCCCAUCUUCCUGCAGUACUCCAACCACCAGGAGCUCAAGACUGACAACUCCCCCAACCAAGUGAGAGCCCAGGCGGCACUGCAGGCGGUGCAGACGGGGGGCAUGCCCAUGGCAGGGGUGGACGCCUCGGCCGGCAUGGGCGGGGCCAGCCCCGUGCUGCGUGUCAUAGUGGAGAACCUCUUCUACCCCGUCACCCUGGACGUGCUGCAUCAGAUCUUCUCCAAGUUCGGCACGGUGCUGAAGAUCAUCACUUUUACCAAAAACAACCAGUUCCAGGCCCUGCUGCAGUACUCUGACGGCCUGACCGCUCAGCACACUAAACUUUCUUUAGACGGGCAGAACAUCUACAACGCCUGCUGCACCCUCCGCAUCAACUUCUCCAAGCUGGCCAGCCUGAACGUGAAGUACAACAACGACAAGAGCCGGGACUACACGCGUCCCGACCUGCCCACGGGGGACAGCCAUCCCUCAAUCGACCACCAGGCUAUGGCUGCAGCCUUCGGUGAGUACUAUGGUCCUCCCGGGAUUAUCUCGGCCAACCCAUAUGCGGGAGCUCACGCCUUCCCCCCAGCCUUCACCAUUCAGCAAGCUGCAGGCCUGACGAUGCAGGGGGUUCCAGGAGGCCUGGCCCAACUGACCAUGCCUGGGGCUGCAGUCAGAAUGGGCUUCCACCAACUCACCAGUGGCCACUGUGUCCUGCUGCUCAGUAACCUCAACCCAGAGAGAGUUACGCCCCAAUGCCUCUUUAUUCUUUUCGGUGUAUAUGGUGAUGUAAUGAGAGUGAAGAUCCUGUUCAACAAGAAGGAGAACGCUCUGAUCCAGAUGUCUGAUGGGACUCAGGCGCAGCUAGCAAUGAGCCACCUGAAUGGCCAGAGACUCCACGGGACAGCGCUGCGAAUCACCCUGUCCAAACACACCAACGUUCAGCUGCCCCGCGAGGGCCACGAGGACCAGGGCCUGACCAAGGACUACAGCAACUCCCCCCUACACCGCUUCAAGAAGCCCGGCUCCAAGAACUACUCCAACAUAUUCCCUCCCUCAGCCACCCUGCACCUCUCAAACAUCCCUCCCUCUGUGGUUGAGGACGACCUUAAGAUGCUGUUUGCGAGCUCUGGUGCAAUGGUCAACGCCUUCAAGUUCUUCCAGAAAGACCGCAAGAUGGCCUUGGUCCAGAUGGACUCAGUAGAGGAGGCCAUUGAGUCCCUCAUCAAGUUCCACAAUCACGACCUGGGCGAGAACCACCACCUGAGGGUGUCCUUCUCCAAAUCCACAAUCUGAGGGGGGCAGCCCAAAACGCAACUGCUAACGGGCCGUAGCGAGUUGUGGGGAAGCAACUCUACAGUCAUAAUAGCCUCAACCACAGAAUUCACUUCCAUCAUUCCUAGUAUAUUAUAUUUAUAUACGCAAAGCUAAACCAUAUGGAAAAGUAAAGUGCACACCCGAUUUUCCUUUCCUUUUUUCUUUUUUUUCUUUAAGUUUUCUAUUAUCUUGCCUUUUUGAGAGGUGAAUGAAUCUCUCUCUCUCUCGCUUUCUCUCGCUCUCUCCCUCUGUCUCUGUGCACAGACAGAAGUAGUUUACACUUGCCUUUCUGAGUCUGACUAAAGACACUCACCUAGCCUAAACUUGGAACUAAAGUUCCAUUUGCCCUUAGGGUCCAGCACCACUAGGCUCUGAGGUCCUGUGAUGCCUCAUGUCCUCUGUGCCUUAGUCCAGAAGUCUUACAUCCUUCAAUUUGAUAUUUUUGGCAUUUUACUAGAUAAUUUUGUUUUGGCUAUCUUCUCUAAUUCUUUGUUUGCAAAGACCAGGUUUACAGCUGAUAUGGGUUUACCGUUUUGUAUGAAAUGUAUUACAAGAUUGUCCAUUCCUUUUUUCCCAUGUAUCAUGAAGGUAUACUUUUUUUGUCUUAUUUUAAAGUGCCCUCUUGUUUUAAAAGUAAGUUGAGCUAGCUAGUUGCAAGAUUCAAUCCACAAUGCUGUGUGUAUAUGUAUGUAUGUGUGUGUAUGUAUAUAUGUAUGUAUAUUUGUGUGUGUGUAUAUAUGUGUAUGU